GCACAAAAUUGCUUGGCAAGAAACAGGAACACUAAAUAUUUCAAGAAGAUAGGGAGUUUUUUCAUUGUUUAUUAUCGCUCUCGCUUUCAUUUUUAUUAUGGCUAUUGGCCAUUUCUAAUGCUUGUUAUGGUAGUAGUUAAUAGGGUUAUGGUUUCUGGUUUGGGGGGAAUUCAGGAGUACAACUAAUCGAAAGUGGGAUCGAGGUCCGAGGAUCGGGGAAACAAGCUUUGCGUCGGGUCAAAAUGUCGAAUGAGUCCGAUAGUUUCAGGGUGGACUCAUUCCCUAAAGACUUUGGGUAUGGAGUGGAGGAGACUGAUAUCGAGGAGGGUUCGACAUCUUCCGACAGCAAACCAAGGAUACUGUUGAUGGGAUUACGACGAAGCGGCAAAUCGUCAAUACAGAAGGUGGUGUUCCACAAGAUGUCCCCCAAUGAGACGCUCUUCUUGGAGAGCACCAACAAGAUCUACAAGGACGAUGUCUCCAGCACCUCCUUCGUCAACUUCCAGAUCUGGGACUUUCCUGGUCAGGUGGACUUCUUUGACCCUGCCUUCGACUAUGAGAUGAUCUUCAGAGGGACCGGUGCUUUGAUCUUUGUUAUCGAUGCCCAGGACGAUUACGUGGAGGCGCUGGGAAGACUCCACCUCACAGUGUCCAGAGCCUACCGGGUCAAUCCUGAGAUUAACUUUGAGGUCUUCAUCCACAAAGUGGACGGCUUGUCUGACGACCACAAGAUCGAGACCCAGAGAGACAUCCACCAGAGGGCCAACGAUGACCUAGCGGAUGCCAGCCUGGACAAGCUGCACCUCAGCCUGUACCUGACGAGCAUCUACGACCAUUCGAUAUUUGAGGCUUUCAGUAAAGUCGUCCAGAAGCUCCUCCCUCAGCUCCCAACUCUGGAAAACCUCCUGAACAUCUUCAUAUCUAAUUCGGGGAUAGAGAAGGCCUUCCUGUUCGACGUGGUGAGCAAGAUCUACAUCGCCACCGACAGCCUGCCGGUGGACAUGCAGUCCUACGAGCUGUGCUGUGACAUGAUCGACGUGGUCAUCGACGUGUCCUGCAUCUACGGCUUGAGGGAAGAUGGCAGCGGCAGUGCCUACGAUAAGGAAUCGCUGGCCAUCAUCAAACUCAACAACACCACGGUGCUCUACCUGAAGGAGGUGACCAAGUUCCUGGCCCUGGUGUGCAUCCUCCGAGAGGAGAGCUUCGAGCGGAAAGGUCUUAUAGACUACAACUUCCACUGCUUUCGUAAGGCCAUACAGGAGGUGUUUGAGGUGGGGAUGUCCGCCCAGAGGACGGGCCUGCCGCAGCUCGGGACCCCCAGCCCCAAGGCCAUCGCCCAGAACGGGGCCCCGAGGAGCGCCAUGUAGCCGCGGAAACCGGAGAUCGAGCGAGCGAGCGAGAGAGAGAGAGAGAGAGAGAGAGAGAAGGGGGCUGUACCCUAGGUCCCUUUUGCAUGCGACGAAAAAAGAAGCCAUAGGCACUGUCUGUGAGCGGGACGGGGGGACCUGGGGGAAGCAGCCUGCCCUGUCCCGGAACCUGUGUGGGACACAGACGGGAAAACCUGGAGCAAAAAAAAAAAAAAAAAAUCAUUUUACAAA